CCCGCAAUUACUAGGAAGCCUUCGCAUCCCGUCUGACUGAGACGCCUGGAUAUUACCUACGUAAACUGAUAAACACUCUUUGUAAGAUCCGCGGAGUAGGUUUGAACACUUUUAAAGGUUGUUGGAGGAGAGGAUUCUUGCAGUUGUGAGCUGUGAGAGAUGUCUUCGUUAAGCUGCGGUAUGUGUUGGCUAUCACUGGUAAGCCUCCUCGUAGGAGUGUUAGAUGUCGAUGGUCACGCCAGAUUACUGGAACCGCCGUCUAGAUCGUCCAUGUGGAGAUUUGGCUUCGCGACACCGAAAAACUACGAUGACAACGCACUAAACUGCGGGGGUUUUAAUAACCAAUGGGGAUUGCAUGGAGGGAAGUGUGGCGUAUGUGGCGACCCCUACCAGGGACCUCACCAAAACGAGGCUGGCGGGAAAUACGCCAAUGGAAUUAUAGUCAGGAACUAUGCUCGUGGCCAGGAAAUUGAGGUGAAGGUCGAAAUAACCGCUAACCAUAAAGGUUGGUUUGAGUUCCGACUGUGUCCUCACAACAGUCCUAGAACUCGUAUCAGUCAGCAGUGUUUGAAUCAGCAUCUCCUGCACAUCACGGGUCACGGCACCAGGUUCACCAUCCCCACAACGCUCGGAGUGGUGGCUCUCCGCGUGCAGUUACCACCGGAAGUGACGUGCAGGCAGUGUGUGGUGCAGUGGAAAUGGCACAGUGGAAAUAACUGGGGCACCGACCGCCAAGCAGGACAGGGAUGUCUUGGGUGUGGGCCCCAGGAGGAAUUCUACGGCUGCGCAGACGUAUCAAUAGGCGGCGACACCGGCAAUGGCGGGUUGGUACUGACAGAAACAUCCGGUAGCAAUGGUGUAAAUUCUCUCAAUGUGGGGACAAAGAUAAAAGAAGGAAGAGAUAGCACAUAUACUAGAGUAUCUCACGGUCACGCGGAAGCUGACGUGGAGGAGAAAUUGCGCACUGAGUCCGACCCAUCUAGAACGGUCGUUAGAGGGCGCUGUAAAGCUGCAGGUGCAUAUUGGAAUGUAGAUGGCGUUACGCGAUGGUGCCAGUUGAACUGCGAGUUGGGGUUCUGUCCCCGCACGCACUGCGCAUGCAUAUAGUUGAUUAAAUGCACCUCACAUGAUGUUGCUUCAGUGUCCAGAAGAAACCGAAUUGAGAUGGGUUUUGUCAAAGUGCAGUUCAAGUUUUAUCAUAGUUAAUGUUUAUACAAAAAUGCAACCGUACAGUGUAAAUGACUUCUCAUUCACUUUUUUAAACGUAUAUAUAACAUGUAUGCAUGUCUGCUCUAUACAAGUUAACAUAGUAGCCAUGUUUAAUUUUGUGAAUAU